AAUCGAACCCGACCCAAUAGUCGCCCCCUCCUCCAUUACGGCGAGGACCUCCUAGUCCUCGCUUCCUCCGCCUCGGUCCAUCCACCCACGUCGACGACGAGCUCUCUCCUCUCGCGACGCCAUCGCCGCGUCGCCGUUCGCCGACUCGCCGCCCCCCGCACGUAGCUAAACCUCCCUCUCUCGGCUCCGAUGGCCGAGGAGCUGGUGCUGGACACGGCGAUCCGGGACUGGGUCCUAGUCCCGCUCUCCGUCGUUAUGGUGCUCAUCGGCGUGCUCCGCUACUUCGUCUCGAAGCUCAUGCGCUCCCCGCCGUCGUCCUCCCCAUCCCCCGACCCCAAGACCGUAAAGGAGGGGCAGGUGGUCAUAAGGGCGAGGAGCCUGAGGACCAGUUCGCAGUUCAUCCCGGCCAAGGCCUUCAAGGCUCGCAAGCUUUAUUAUACCAACGGGGAAAGCGGAUUACUUCAUGUUCCUAAAGAGGAUGCACAGAAAGCUCAGGCAGCCAUGUUUUCAGAUCCAAACAUGGCCAUGGACAUGAUGAAGAAGAAUCUCUCCAUGAUAGUUCCACAGACACUUACAUUUGCGUGGGUGAACUUCUUCUUUUCAGGCUUUGUAGCAGCCAAAAUUCCCUUUCCACUGACUCAACGAUUCAGGGGAAUGCUGCAAAACGGGAUAGACCUGAGUACUGUUGACGUGAGCUAUGUUAGCAGCCGUUCAUGGUACUUCCUCAAUUUAUUCGGAUUGAGGGGUCUUUUCAGUCUGAUCCUUGGUGAAGAAAAUGCUACUGAUGAUGCGCAAAAGAUGAUGCAGAUGGGUGGUGGAAUGGGCUUUAAUCCAGCAAUGAGUUUGGGCGCAGAGAAAGACAGCCUUGAUAUCAUCCAGCAUGACUGGGCUUUACCAAAGAUGGAGCAUCAUGCGGAAGAGGUCUUGAGGAAACUAUUGAAGAAAUGACCUGAAUAACACCUCUGCUGCUGCAAAGCGCCACCACCUCUUCCAAGUUUUGUUUUUAGUUUGUUGACUGAUCAGACAGUUAUACAUAUGUAAUUGGAUUAUUUAUUUAUGAGCGCUACUGAUUACGAAACCGCAAGUUCUCUUGGACCACAAACACUUUGUACUCAGGUAGAAAAGCAUGUAUCUCGUAACACGUUUCUCCAUAACGUAUGAGCUGCUUUAGGUAAUCAUGUAGUAGCUUGUGCCACAGAUUAAAACUGUCGUUCUCUCUAAAGAAAGAUAAUGGUUUCCAAGGUUAA